AACUUGGGUUUUCUAUCUCAAGUUUUCUAUAUCAAGAAAGGAAUAAAAUUUUUACCCACAAAAGGGACUAUUUUGAUUUACACACAUUUUUCUUAUAUUCUAGUAUUCGUUACACACGUAUAGAGAUACGUAUUUUGUGCUGUUCGUAUGUCACUUUCGGUCAUUCUUUAAUGUGGGUUUGGUGCUUCUUGUGAUGGGUGUUUAAGAGAGUUGGCUAAACAAGAGAAAAAAAGCUGUCUCUCUCUCUCUCGUUGAAGGGUUUGGGUGUCUAUGUGUGUGUGUUGAGUGUGUGUUUUGGAGAGGUCUAAUGGAUACCAAAGGACGACUCGUUGCUGGUUCACACAACAGGAAUGAGUUCGUCGUCAUCAAUGCUGAUGAGAUUGGACGAGUAACAUCUGUGAAGGAAUUAAGUGGGCAGAUUUGUCAGAUUUGUGGAGAUGAGAUCGAAGUUACAGUGGAUGGAGAGCCAUUUGUUGCCUGCAAUGAAUGUGCAUUCCCUGUUUGCAGACCUUGCUAUGAGUACGAAAGAAGAGAGGGAAAUCAAGCUUGCCCUCAAUGCAAAACCAGAUACAAACGCAUCAAAGGGAGUCCCCGAGUUGAAGGCGACGAAGAAGAAGAAGAAUUUGAUGAUUUGGAUCACGAAUUCGAUUUCGGGAUCAAUGACCAGAGAGACCCUCAUCAAAUUGCAGUGGCGGUGCUCUCUGCUCGCCUUAAUACUGGCCGUGGUCCCCAAUCCAAUGCUUCAGGAGUCGCUACUCCAAUGGAGAUGGAGUCCUCUGCACUUAGUCCUGAAAUCCCUCUCCUGACCUAUGGUGAAGAGGAUACUGGGAUUUCUGCUGAUAAGCAUGCUCUCAUCAUUCCUCCGUUUAUGGGUCGUGGAAAGCGAGUCCAUCCCGUGCCAUUUCCUGAUUCCUCCAUGUCUUUUCCACCCCGGCCAAUGGAUCCUAAGAAAGACUUAGCAGUGUAUGGUUAUGGCACUGUUGCAUGGAAAGACAGAAUGGAGGAGUGGAAAAAAAGGCAGAAUGAUAAACUUCAAGUGAUUAAGCAUGAAGGAGGUGGUGGUGGUAACAAUGGCGGGGAUGAGCUUGAUGAUCCUGAUUUGCCCAAGAUGGAUGAAGGCAGGCAACCACUUUGGAGGAAGUUACCGAUAUCUUCAAGCAAGAUAAAUCCAUACAGAAUGAUCAUUUUACUCCGACUUGCAAUUCUUGGAUUAUUUUUUGACUAUAGAAUUCGCCACCCUGUCCAUGAUGCAUAUGGAUUGUGGCUUACCUCGAUUAUUUGCGAAAUAUGGUUCGCAGUGUCCUGGAUAUUUGAUCAGUUCCCAAAAUGGUUCCCAAUCGAGCGAGAAACAUACCUAGAUAGAUUAUCGCUGAGGUAUGAGAAAGAGGGGAAGCCAUCGGAGUUAGCUCCUAUAGACGUGUUUGUUAGUACUGUUGAUCCAUUGAAAGAACCUCCACUUAUCACUGCAAACACAGUUCUGUCCAUCCUUGCUGUGGAUUAUCCGGUUGACAAGGUUGCUUGCUAUGUAUCAGAUGAUGGUGCUGCCAUGCUCACUUUUGAAGCGCUCUCUGAGACAUCUGAAUUUGCAAGGAAGUGGGUGCCAUUCGUCAAGAAGUUCAAUAUUGAGCCUCGUGCCCCGGAGUGGUAUUUUGCUCAAAAGGUUGACUAUCUUAGAGACAAAGUGCAUCCUACAUUUGUGAGGGAACGGCGUGCAAUUAAGAGGGAAUACGAAGAAUUUAAAGUUCGGAUAAAUGGGUUGGUUUCCAUGGCACAGAAGGUUCCCGAGGAGGGUUGGACAAUGCAGGAUGGGACUCCAUGGCCAGGGAACAAUGUCAGAGAUCAUCCUGGAAUGAUCCAGGUGUUCCUGGGUCAAAAUGGUGUCCGUGAUGUUGAAGGAAAUGAGUUGCCUCAACUCAUUUAUGUUUCUCGUGAGAAGAGGCCAGGAUUUGAUCACCACAAAAAAGCCGGUGCAAUGAAUUCCCUGAUGCGAGUCUCGGCAGUCAUCUCAAAUGCUCCUUACCUACUGAACGUCGAUUGUGAUCACUAUAUAAACAACAGUAAGGCACUCCGUGAAGCUAUGUGUUUCAUGAUGGAUCCCACCUCUGGAAAGAAAAUAUGCUACGUGCAGUUUCCUCAAAGGUUUGAUGGGAUUGAUCGUCACGAUAGAUACUCGAAUCGCAAUGUUGUGUUCUUUGAUAUCAAUAUGAAAGGACUGGAUGGGAUCCAGGGACCAAUUUAUGUCGGAACGGGUUGUGUCUUCAGGAGGCAAGCACUCUACGGCUAUGAUGCCCCGAUCAAGAAGAAACCCCCGGGGAAGACGUGCAAUUGUUUGCCUAAAUGGUGUUGCUGCUGUUGUGGAUCUAAAAAGAAAAGUAAGAAAGGGAAAUCAAAGGAGAGUAAGAAGAAGACAAAGAGCAGGGAGGCAUUGACACAAAUACAUGCACUUGAAAAUAUUGAGGAAGGAAUUGAAGGAAUAGAAAAUGAGAAAUCAUCCCUCAUUCCCCAAAUAAAAUUUGAGAAAAAGUUUGGACAGUCACCGGUUUUCAUUGCUUCAACGCUGUUAGACGACGGUGGAGUUCCAACAGGAGCAACUUCUGCGUCACUCUUGAAAGAAGCCAUUCAUGUCAUUAGCUGUGGUUACGAGGAUAAAACCGAGUGGGGAAAAGAGGUUGGGUGGAUUUAUGGCUCAGUUACUGAGGAUAUUUUGACUGGCUUCAAGAUGCAUUGCCAUGGUUGGCGAUCAGUGUACUGCAUGCCCAAAAGGCCUGCAUUCAAGGGGUCAGCUCCCAUUAAUCUCUCAGAUCGUCUGCACCAGGUUCUUCGAUGGGCCUUGGGAUCCGUUGAGAUUCUCUUGAGCAGACACUGUCCAAUCUGGUAUGGUUAUGGGUGUGGUUUAAAACCAUUGGAGCGGUUUUCAUAUAUAAACUCAGUUGUUUAUCCAUUGACGUCUAUACCCUUGAUCGCCUAUUGUACGUUACCAGCAGUCUGUCUCCUUACUGGGAAGUUCAUUGUCCCCGAGAUUAGCAACUAUGCCAGUAUUGUGUUCAUGGCAAUGUUCAUAUCCAUUGCUGCGACUAGCAUCCUGGAAAUGCAAUGGGGCGGUGUUACCAUUGAUGACUGGUGGAGAAAUGAACAGUUCUGGGUGAUUGGUGGUGCCUCAUCACACCUUUUUGCACUCUUCCAAGGUCUUCUCAAGGUUUUGGCCGGUGUCAACACAAACUUCACCGUCACAUCCAAAGGUGGAGAUGAUGGGGCAUUUUCCGAGCUCUACCUUUUCAAAUGGACGUCGUUGUUGCUCCCUCCGAUGACUUUGUUGAUUGUGAACAUAAUUGGUGUCAUAGUAGGAGUUUCCGAUGCAAUCAACAACGGUUAUGAGUCGUGGGGACCUCUAUUUGGCAAGUUAUUCUUCGCUCUUUGGGUCAUCGUCCAUCUUUACCCAUUCUUGAAAGGUCUAAUGGGGAAGCAAGACGGUGUUCCUACCAUUCUCAUUGUGUGGUCGAUUCUUCUGGCUUCAAUCUUCUCACUUUUGUGGGUCCGGAUCAAUCCAUUUUUAUCAAGAGGCGGUAUCGUGUUGGAAGUUUGUGGGUUGAAUUGUAACUAAAGAUGCGCAAAAAUACAAGUUUAGAAUGGUUUGAAUUGUUAUGUAAUGUGGAAAGGUCAUUUCGUGGAUUACAGAAGAUGGGUUUGGCUCAAGGCGAAGACGUAUCGUGUGAAACAUCACUUUGACACGGUAUGAUUAUUGAUGAGAAUCAUCAGUAGUAUAGAUGAGUCAAAAAGGAAUUUCGUUGCCAGUUGUGUAGAUAAAAAAAAAAGGAUUGGGACUUGAUACAUUCAUAUUUGUUCUGCAAAUUUAUCAUUGAUUCUUUUGGUACAUUUCGGUUUUGUGGGUUGGAAUGGAAGGGAUGGAAUGGAAUUCGGAGGAUCUCUCUGUAAUCCCAGGAAGAACAUAAAAGUAGUUUUCAUCGUAACUUAUAAUCCCUUCUCAAUAAGGGACUUAAUGUAAGGAUUUGUGUGCAAAUUUUUAUAGUUCUUAUUUUCUGAACUGUGAUUAAUAUUUUCCCCUCAAAACAGUGAUUGAUUGUGGUACUCAAAUUUCUUGCUGUCUGUGUAGUGUUUAAUAAGAUGCCAGCUUUUUGUUCA